AUGCGUUUCACUUCCGCUUUCGCUGUUGCCUCUGUGGCGUCAGCUGUUGCAUUGGCUGCCCCGAACAAGAGAGCAGCCUCCCCCACAGCCACCGAUGUAGCUGAUGUGUAUGCGGCUCAAGCCACAGCACUCACCCUAAGCCCAACUAGCAAUGUCAAGGGCAAAGUGUUUGACCGAUAUGUCUCUAUCUGGUUUGAGAAUACCGAUUUUGAGACCGCUCAAGCUGACCCGAACUUUCAAUUCUUUGCAAAGAAGGGCAUCACGCUCUCUAGCCUUGUUUGCGCCACGCAUCCUUCCGAGCCAAACUACAUGGCGGCCGUAGGAGGGGACUACUUCGGUUUAGACGGUGAUGCUUUCAACGCGGUUCCCCAAAAUGUAUCUACUGUCGUCGACCUGCUCGAGGACAAGGGAAUCAGCUGGGGGCUUUAUCAAGAGGAUCAACCUUAUUCGGGCUUCCAAGGGUUCGCUUGGGUCAAUCAGCAGAAUGGUGCUAAUGAUUACGUUCGAAAGCACAAUCCCGCAAUCCUCUACAACUCUGUUGCCAACACCCCACAGCGUGCCGCUCAAGUCAAAAACACCACAAUGUUCUUCAAGGAUCUCAAGGACAACAAACUUCCGCAAUGGAUGUUCAUCACGCCCAACAUGACCUCGGAUGGUCACGAUACCUCAGUGACCGUGGCUGGCGAAUGGCUCCGGAACUUCUUGGGCCCGCUCUUGGAUGACAAGAACUUCAUGCAGAACACAAUGGUUCUCAUUACCUUCGACGAAAAUGAGACCUAUUCCCUCCAAAACAGAGUGUUCAGCGUCCUUCUCGGUGAUGCAGUUCCCGCAGAACUCGAGGGAACGACGGAUGACAACUACUACAACCAUUACUCGGAAAUCUCAACCGUUGAAGCAAACUGGGACUUGUACACCUUAGGCCGCUGGGAUGUUGGUGCGAACGUUUUCGCCAACGUUGGCAAAUAUACUGGUGACAGAAUCCGCAAAUGGUCUACUACCCCUGACCUUGCACACCGUUACUUCAACAGCUCGUACGCUGGAAUCUUCAAUACCCACAAUAAAUGGGCACCACAGCCAGUGCCUGACUGCCACAGUCGUCGCAAUGGCCGUACCACCCUGCCAGCCAUCAAGGCACAAUGGGAGAGCCAACAGGACAAGAACUAUUAUCAUGGCCAGCUUGAGGUUCCUGAUGGAAACAACCCUCCUGUCAUCCCUUACACCUUCUAG